AUGAUAAUUAAAGAUAUUAAAAAGGAUGUAAUUUAAAAGGAAGAGCCUUCAACCAAUAUAUUUUAGUAGCUUAUUACAGAUAAAUAAUUUGAGCCUUUUGGAUCAUUUUACACAAUUGGCCGCCAUUUUAAUCCUAUCACAUAAGAUUAAUUGGAAUCUUUUUAUAUGAAAGAUGCUGAAAAAGAUAAUACUGAUGAAGAGUAUUUUUAAAAUAUUACUCGCAAGACAAAAGAAGAUAGCGAAAUUUUUGAUCCUAAUUUAAUUUUUAAUCCAGUGAUAGAAGAUACAGUAUUCAGCUAAGAAAAUAUAGUUGAUUUCAAUGACAAUAUUUAUUAUAAAGAGAUUAAAGAGUAAAAUGCUAAGAAUAUCAUAUAUAAAGAAACUUUGCAAAGAAAGUAUCUUUACUUAUUUAAAAUUAGAUGCUUAUUAUACCAACCUACUGAUUUGUUGCGAUGUGAACAAAAACAAAAAUUCAAAAUGUAUGAAUUUGCAUCAUUUGAUUUAUAUAGAAUGAAGGAUUCAAAAUUACUGGAUGAGGUUAAUCUAACAUUAGAUUUUGUAAUGAUGACAGUUUAAAUGACGAAAGAAGGCAAAAUUAUAGAUCCUAAGUUUAACUUCAAAGAAAUUGAGGGAGCAAAUGCAGGUUAUGUUAAUGGUGAAUUAUAUCUAACAGUGAAACAAAGAGAAUCAAAUACAAGUGUAAUUAAAUUUAAAGCGAAAUACAGCUUUUAAAGAGAUUUGAUUGUGGAAGUGCUCAAUUUAGUUAAUCAUUUCUGCAAAAAAUAUCCUAAAAAAGCAACUACGACUUAUAAUAAUGACGAUGCAAAUUUGCAUAGAUAAGAACAUGAUAACAAAUUAGAAAUUUUAAAAAUUAGAAGAACUAAAUUAUCUAUUAUUAAGAGUGACAAUAUAAUACCUCCUAAGGCUAUAUUAUCUUAUAAUGUGAAAUAUCAACAAAAAGAUAAACCUAUCAAUGCAAAUUUUACUGUUGGAAUCAACAACAUAGUUAUUCAUUCUGCUUAAUACAUGGAAGAUAAACUUCAACCUGAACAAAAAAACAAGGCUAGAGAAAAAAAACUAUAUGACAUUAUAUACAGUGUUAUACCAUUUAACAACUGUUAUUUAUACUACGAUUAAGGUGAAGUUCCUUAAAAUAAAUAGCUAAAAUUGAAAAUUAACAGCUAGGAGCUAUAAUUUGAGUUUGAUACAUGUCAAGCAGUAUAAAAUAUAAUUGCAGCUAUGCAGGGUAUAUAAUCUGGAAAAAUAAUGUCUGACUAAAUAUAUAUUCACAUCCAAACAAAAUAUAAUGAAAAGCAAAGCUAAAUAAAAGAUAUUUUCUAUAAAGCUAAAUCAAAGGAAAUUAAUAAACUCAUAAACUAUCAUAAAAAUAUUAUAAAUUAAUUGUAGAGUGGAAAGUAAUUUUUAUUAAACUUUUAUAUUUAAAUUAUUUAAUUUUAAAUAUGUUUUAAUUUAAAAUUUUCAAUUAUUAAAGGACUCUUUUAGAUUUUGAGUAUUACAAAGAUUUUGAAGCGUAUGUUCCAAACGAAAUAUUCUAAGAAAAAGACAUAUUAAAAUCUGAAAAUAAAAAUGAAAUUGUUGAAGAAUAAACUGUCAUGA